CUCUCAGCUGAUGUUGGUUCAGGGAGCCUAGGUUGCUGUGGCUGGCUCAUUGUGAUCCUCUCUGGUCUGUUCGUCUUCUCCCUGUUCCCCUUCACCAUCUGGUUCUGUAUAAAGAUAGUUCAGGAGUAUGAACGUGCUGUCAUCUUCAGGCUGGGCCGUAUUACAGACCGGAAGGCUAAGGGACCAGGUAUCUUUUUCGUUCUGCCAUGCACAGACUCCUUCGUGAAAGUGGACCUGAGAACCGUGUCAUUCGACAUCCCUCCACAAGAGGUGAUAGCAGCGGAGGGGGAGAUGAACGCCUCUCGGGCCCUGAAGGAGGCGUCUCUAGUGAUCUCAGAGUCUCCGUCGGGUCUCCAGCUGCGCUACCUGCAGACCCUCACCACCAUCGCUGCAGAGAAGAACUCCACCAUCAUCUUCCCUCUGCCCAUGGACGUCAUCAGUCACUUCAUGAAGAAGUGAUGUCAUCAAAACUCGCCACACACACCGCUCCUGUCUAAUGUAACAUUCAAUCAGAUGGUUUAGUUGAUUCGGGUGAUUUGAAGAAGAAAACAAAAAACGUUUCAUUUAUUUUUUUGUGAGGAUUGUUUCAGAUUUCAGGAUUAGACCCAGUAACCUUUUAGGGGAUGUAUAUCUGCAUGGUCAAGACCUCUUCAUUUGUCUGUUAUGGUGGAAAUUGAAAACCAUUUACAUUUCUUUCUAGUGUGUUAAAAAAUAUAAACAAAUAUGUUUGAAAUACA